GGGCUCUCGAUGAACAUGAUGUGUUACGCUUUUGUUGCGUUCUUGUCGUAUCUAGCUGUAGUAUCAUUUGCUCAGCAGCCGAAGAUUGAUUUGUUAAAGGCUGCUGGACUGACUGCCAGCACGAAUUUACCAAGCAACAGUGGUGUCACCUUGUUAGUCGAUGAAAAAGGAAACAGCGCUGGAUACACUAGUCUCAAUACACCGGCAUUUCAUUUGGAGGCUGGCCGGAGUCACAAGAUAAGGUUUUCGUCUACCGCUGCCCAAGAUAUUGGUAGCAACUUGCAACUGAGUGCAUCAAAGAAGUUUUUUUCGUUCUAUACGAUGCUCCGUCUUGACGUUAUCAAGGCUCGAGAUCCAGCGUUUUUACAGACUCAAACACUACUUGAUUUAGAGGACAGUCAGAAUUCACAGACUUAUUUUAAGAUUGGGUUGAAAAUAAAAGCCAAACAGACACUCGCAUGCUUGACAUGUGUGCAGAUCAAUCUCGUUGUGAAUUAUAAAACGGGCGGUGGACCAUCAAAGGAAGUGGUGUUACCUGAAGACUACAGUCAAGAUCUGAAUAAUGGCCAGUGGCAUAACUUGUUUGUUGGAUUUGUUUAUGGUGUUGCUGGAUCAGAUUCAACUGGAGGAAAAACAGAGAUCUUUCCCAAAAUUGACUGUGUGUCAAAGACGCAACAGUCAAUUGCUGAUGAUACUAUUGGUCAGCCAACCAAUGCGGAGGUCAUACUGGGAGGAGAAGGCGAUAAGGCAUUUAUAGGAUCCAUUCAAGAUUUGUACUUUGUUGAGGCAGCCUACCUAUCUGUUGAAGUAGAAGCACUAGCAAAGUACUGUCGUGAAAAUUCUUGUGGCGUUGACUGUAAAGAUUCUGUCGCUCCUUUUGAGGCUCGACUCAGUUCUUUGCGGGCCAGUAAUGAUAAGUUAGCCAAUGACAUAACAUCGUGUGAAGCAAAGCCAACUGUUGGUCCUAUGAGUACUGUAACACAGAGAUGCAUUCCAGAGACAGAGUCGAAGACAGGCGGAUCAUGUAAACAAUGCAGAUGUGAUGAUGACGGCCAGAAGAAAUGCUAUAUUUACAGCUGCUAAUAAUGGAACUCUAUUGAACAUGGUAUGGUGGGUUUUGUCGUUCGUGUUUUAUUAAGUCAAGGUGUAGGUAGGAAAUGUUUGAAUGCUAGUUAGAUAAUGAGACUGAUCUAGUGAUCUUGUCUCUGGUUAGAUUAGCUUCUGAUGCUGUUGCAACUUUUGGUCUGCAAUAUGGUGAAGUGAUUUGAAAACUGAUAUAAAUUUGUUGUUGUCGUCUUGUUCUAA